AAACCUACAGUACACACCACAAUAUGACACGUUCCAUAUGAAGAAUAACAGUCUAUUCUCUCCCGUGUGCGUCAGGUGUGUUUAGAGAACGCCUUCGUCCUCUUGCACGCUUCUGCCGGUAACACCCACAAGUCAAACUUGAUCCCGAAGCAGCGCGAGGAUUACCAUUUACUUCUCAACCUGAGAGCGCGCGAUGUCACCGUAAACGAAAAGCCUGAAAAAGGUUCAACAAACUUGAGCUGCUGAACUGAGCUGUGUGACGGAGGGUCAGAGAACAGAGAGGCUCGAAACAAAAGAGGCUUGUACUGGGUUGUUGCGUGCCCAACGGGAGCUGCAGGUGUGUAUAUCAGGGAAAGCAACAAAGGCAGACAGACUGAGGUAACUGGAGCAGGCCCUGACACUCCCUACAGGACAUACUGAGAGAGAGAGAGAGACGCUCUGAGGUACCGACUUGCAGGACUUCUCCUACAGGGUCACCCAGCACAACAUGCAGGGGGAGAGUGAACACGAACACCAAGACGAUAACAUGGAAUCAGACUUUAAUCCCAACAAGAGGCCUGAAAGUCCCCCAUCUGAAGACGAGCCAUCCAAUCCCAUCAAAGUCCGCCAGAACCCCAAAUACCAGCUGUACCUGAGUGGAGACGUGCCGGGGAACGGUUCCAGGGAUACGAAUGGAACAUUUGGGGGAGAGAACGUGAACGGGAUGGAACCCAGGAACAGUUCCCGUUGGGACAGCGCUAGUUCCAGAUUCGGGCCAAACUAUCACGGGUCCCUGGAAUCUCUGGCCUCUCGGGACUGGGACACCAUGUCGGACAGGUUGGGAGGUUUUGAGAGUCCUCCCAGGGUGUUCAACAGUCCCUACGCUACAGCGGCUUCCACGGACUACAACCCUGGCAUGUACCGGAUGUCAGAGUAUAAGGAGGGGUUGUCUCCAGCCACAUCAGAGCUGAACCUGUUCAACAGCUACAACAGCAGGAGUACCAGCCCUGUGCCCUCCUUCACCCGGACUGUGACCGCCCAACGUGCACCCUUCUCAACCUACGACACCAUCAGGAGGCGGGACCAGCAGGGGAUGUCAAGCCAACUCCACAUGCGUUCCACUGUGUCGUCUGUCGCUAUGCCCAACAAGAGAGACUACAUCGAGGAGUUGACCAGGCAGUUGGAUGCCUGUCAGAAGAGGAACCAGUUCCUGGAGGCAGAGAGCGUAGAGAUGGACAAGGAGAGGAACCAGAUCAGGUUGGAGAUGAGAAGCCUGUUGGUGAACAACGAGGACCUUCUCAGAACCAACAGUACCCUGCAGAUGGAGAUGAGUAGGAUGAGGAUGAGGAUGGUAGAGCUGGAGAGAGACAACACGGCCAUGACGGAACGCUUCAGAGUUAUGGAGACGGAGCUGACCGAGGCCAGAGAGAUGAUGGUGGAGGCCAACACUCAGGAAUACGCCUUCAACUUCCUGCAGCAGUCUCUGAAGAAUAAGAUACAGGACGCUGAGGAGGCGCUGGAGAAGCAGUCGCUCCAUGCCGAGGGUCUGUCCGAGAAGCUGUGGAUGUCUGAGAGACAGUUAGAGGAGCUAGCAGGGGCCAAGGAGACACGGGACAAGAGGACAUCAGAGCUCAGUGACACUGUCUUCAGACUGGAGACUGAGCUAGGGGAGGCCCAACAGAGAGCCACCCAAGCCUCAGCAGAGCUCAGUCUGCACCAGAAGCUACGAGAUGGUGACCAGCUGAGGGUAAAGGAGCUGGAAGAGACGAUACUGGAGAAGGGUCAGGAGCUGCAGAGAGCCCAGCAGACUGUCAGCCGUCUCCAGGGACAGGUGUCAGGUAAGCUGAUAGAUAAGGAGCGUUCUCUGGAGGAGGAGAUCCAGCUGAGAGAGAGAGUUCAGCUGCAGUUGAAGCAGGCAGAGAGGAGCGUAGAGGACCUGACCAUGGAGCUACAGACUGCUGCACAGACCAAGGAGGACCUGGACAAGCAACUCAAACAGGCUCAGGAGAAAGCGAUAGAUCUUGAGAGCGACCUGGAGGAGAUGCAGGACAGUGAACAGAGUUGGUCCAGGAAGCACAAGAGAGCCAUCGAACAGACAGAACAGCUCCAGCUGAAGUUGAUUCAGGAGAAAUAUGUGAAUGAGCAGCUGGACAGUGAGAAGAUCAACCUGACGAGACAGCUGCGUGACCUGCGUGUGGCGAUGGAGGAACUUCACAGCUCCAGAGUCCAGGUGGAUGUGAUCAAUAAGACAGAGAACCGGGUCAAGGAGCUGGAGAACGCUCUCAGAGUGGAGGAGAGGAACAAGGUGGUGAUGAGCAACACCAUCAGUAAACUGGAGAGGAAGAUCAACGAACUGUCUGGUCAGCUGGAGGAGGAACAGAAGAUCGUUACAGAGCAGAAGGACCUGAUGACCCAGAGGAUGCGUUCCCUGAAGCGUCAGCUGAACGAGGCGGAGGAGGAGUCCAGUCGUAGAGACGCUCAGUACCGCCACACCCAGAGAGAACUGACAGAGGAGAGAGAGACCUCCAACAGACUACAGAGACAGCUCCUGGAUCAGCACCUUCAACUCAAACGUAAGGAGUCCACCAUGCAAAUGAGACAGACUCUGGAGAACCUGCGUCUGGAUCUCAGUGUAGAUGAAGAGGACCAGGCUGACCAACAUCCUCCAAGGCCUGAAUAAAGACAACAGCACCUCCUCAUACUAGCCUUUUUCCACACACCUUUAUUGAUAAAGGUUAGAGUGAUACCCUAAUACUACUGCUAAUAGACUUGACAAGAAACAACACAUUCGACACUGGCACCAAUACUGUCAUUUAUCGUAGAAAAAGCCCACAAGUGAAGUCUUCAAACUAGCCUCUUUCUCUGCACUAUUGAAAUGUCUUUAGUUUUUGUUUUCCAUAAAGGUCCCAAUGCAGCUGUUAUUAUCUCAAUAUUAACUCAUUUCUGGGUAACAAGGAUCUUACUGUGAUUGUUUUCAAUCAAAAUGGUCAAAAAGAAACAAAAAUGGAUUCUUAGCAAAGAGGUUUUUAUUUUUAUAAUACAUUUUUUUUGCUGGGAGUGUCUAGGAGUGGUGAAACUGACAACUAGCUGUUAUUGGUAGAGAGGUUUUGGAACUCUCUUUCUUAUUGGUCUAUUAACUCAUUUACCGCCUGGUGAUGUCACCAGAGUGGUGAAACUGACAACUAGCUGUUAUUGGUAGAGAGGUUUUGGAACUCUCUUUCUUAUUGGUCUAUUAACUCAUUUACCGCCUGGUGAUGUCACCAGAGUGGUGAAACUGACAACUAGCUGUUAUUGGUAGAGAGGUUUUGGAACUCUCUUUCUUAUUGGUCUAUUAACUCAUUUACCGCCUGGUGAUGUCACCAGAGUGGGGAAACUGACAACUAGCUGUUAUUGGUAGAGAGGUUUUGGAACUCUCUUUCUUAUUGGUCUAUUAACUCAUUUACCGCCUGGUGAUGUCACCAGAGUGGGGAAACUGACAACUAGCUGUUAUUGGUAGAGAGGUUUUGGAACUCUCUUUCUUAUUGGUCUAUUAACUCAUUUACCGCCUGGUGAUGUCACCAGAGUGGUGAAACUGACAACUAGCUGUUAUUGGUAGAGAGGUUUUGGAACUCUCUUUCUUAUUGGUCUAUUAACUCAUUUACCGCCUGGUGAUGUCACCAGAGUGGGGAAACUGACAACUAGCUGUUAUUGGUAGAGAGGUUUUGGAACUCUCUUUCUCAUUGGUCCAUUAACUCAUUUGACCUGCCUGGUGAUGUCACAAGGCAGGUCAAAACUCCAUCCAAACCAAAACAGGCUGAAACUUCAGGCAGUCUUUUCAAACAGCUCUUACAUUAAAAAGGGCAUUAUCAUCAUUUUAUCAAUUUCACAGUAUUAUUCCAACCCCACAGUGUGGAAAUAUAUAUAGAACACAGGAAACUCAUGUUUUUUUUUUUUUUUGGGGGGGGGGGGGGGGUCUGUUAAAGGAAGUAGUAGUUGAAGUGUUGUGAUUCUUUUGAAUCAAAUCAAGCUUUAUUUAUACAGUAGGAUUAUUACAGUAUAUCAACACCAUUAUAUUGAAUCAAGCUAGCUAUCCCUGUACACUCAAGUCACGUGUUUUAGCGAAGAAAAAUGACCAAUAAUCAAUAUAUAAUCAAUAUAUAAUCAAUAUAUGAUCAUUAUAUGAUCAUAUAGGACUUUGGGUUAAAGUCGUUUGGAGGAUUUGAACAAUAUUUCCUACAAAUUACCCAAACGAAUCUGUUGCAUUACCGUGAUCAACUAUAUUAGAAAUAUCUUACUUCCGUACAGUAUUGAUAUUACCUGCUACACUAUACACUUUGAUUUAUUUUAUAUACAGUAUAACUCUUUUAUUUGACUUAUUCACCUCUGAGCAGAAUGUGGAAGUGUCUUCCAUUUGCUAUGCUUGAAGGACAGACAGACUGUGCAUGAAUGAGUGGACUGUAAUACAAAGCCUAUGAAUGAUUGGACUAUAAUACAAAGCCUAUGAAUGAUUGGACUAUAAUACAAGCCUAUGAAUGAUUGGACUACAAAACAAGUCUGUGAAUGAUUGGACUACAAAACAAGCCUGUGAAUGAUUGGACUAUAAUACAAGCCUAUGAAUGAUUGGACUACAAAACAAGCCUGUGAAUGAUUGGACUACAAUACAAGUCUAUGUGAGGGUGAACAGUAUGUUCCACAAUGGACUGUUUACAACUGAUAAAAUGUUUUUUUGUUGUCACAUACACCGGAUAGGUUCAGUGAAAUGUCUUGUUUUACAGGGUCGUCCAUUGUAGUACGGCUCCUCUGGGGCAAACUAGGGUUAUGUGGCUUUCUUAAGGGCAAAUCACAGAUUGUUCACCUUGUUGGCUCAAACUAGACUUUUCGGUUACUGGCCCAACGCUCUAACCACUAGGCUACCUGCCUCCUCUACACUCUAACCACUAGGCUACCUGCCUCCUCUACACUCUAACCACUAGGCUACCUGUCUGCCUAUACACUCUAACCACUAGGCUACCUGCCUGCCUCUACACUCUAACCACUAGGCUACCUGCCGCCUCUACACUCUAACCACUAGGCUACCUGCCACCUCUACACUCUAACCACUAGGCUACCUACCACCUCUACACUCUAACCACUAGGCUACCUACCGCCUCUACACUCUAACCACUAGGCUACCUACCGCCUCUACACUCUAACCACCAGGCUACCUGCCGCCUCUACACUCUAACCACUAGGCUACCUACCACCUCUACACUCUAACCACUAGGCUACCUACCGCCUCUACACUCUAACCACUAGGCUACCUACCGCCUCUACACUCUAACCACUAGGCUACCUGUGUAUAAAGCCAAGUUAUCGUUUCUCAUUGUGUAUUUAUUAUUACUUUUUCUAUUAUUUCUCUAUUUUCUUUCUCUCUGCAUUGUUGGCAAAAGACCCAUCAGUAAUCAUUUCACUGUUAGUCUUCACCUGUUUAUGGAGCAUGUGAAAAAUAACAUGUUAUUAUGAUUUGAUGUUAAUUACCUACAAAAACAACCACAGCAACAAACAGAGGUGUGGACUCAGGUCACAUGACUUGGACUCGAGUCAGACUAUGAUGACAAAUAUGAGGACUUCCUACUCGACUUUGACUUUAACACCAAUGA